AUGGCUGGGGCAGCUAUAAACGGCCAGACUAACGGUGACCACUAUCAAGAACUGAACAAACACUGCGCUGAGGAAUGCAGCCAGGAUGACCUCGAUACUUUCCUUUUUACAUCUGAAUCUGUUGGAGAGGGCCAUCCAGACAAAAUCUGUGAUCAGAUUAGUGAUGCCGUCCUUGAUGCCCACUUGGAACAAGACCCUAAUGCAAAAGUAGCCUGUGAAACAGUUGCCAAAACUGGAAUGAUCCUGGUCUGUGGAGAAAUCACAUCAAAUGCUAAAGUUGAUUACCAGAAAGUUGUGCGCGAUACCAUAAAACGUAUUGGUUAUGAUGACUCUUCCAAGGGAUUUGAUUACAAAACUUGUAAUGUUUUACUGGCUGUUGAGGCUCAAAGCUCUGAAAUUGCCCAAGGGGUCCACAUCAACAGAAGUGAGGAGGAUAUUGGUGCUGGAGAUCAGGGUUUGAUGUUUGGUUAUGCAACUAAUGAAACUGAAGAGUGCAUGCCUUUGACAGUUGUUCUGGCUCACCAGCUCAAUGCUAAAGUUGCCCAACUACGCAGAACUGGUGAUCUUUGGUGGGCAAGACCAGAUACCAAAUCACAAGUUACUAUUGAAUACAAAUUUGACAGAGGUAUGUCGGUACCUUUGCGUGUACACAGCAUUGUAAUGUCUGUCCAGCAUGACCAGAAUGUGUCUCUAGAGCAACUUCGCCGUGAACUGAAAGAAAAAGUUGUCAAUGCUGUAGUCCCCAGCAAAUAUCUUGAUGAACAAACUGUUAUCCAUCUUAAUCCAGCUGGUAAUUUUGUUAUGGGUGGACCUAUAGGUGAUGCUGGCCUGACAGGACGAAAGAUUAUUGUGGACACCUAUGGAGGCUGGGGAGCCCAUGGAGGUGGUGCUUUCUCUGGUAAAGACUUUUCCAAGGUUGACCGUUCGGCCGCUUAUGCUGCCCGUUGGGUAGCAAAGUCUCUGAUUAAGGCUGAUCUUUGCAAGAGAGUGCUUGUACAGGUCAAGCUUCCCCCCUCCCUCUCUUUCUCCCUCUCUUUCUCCCUCUCUUUCUCCCUUCUUUCUCCUCUCUUUCUCCUCUCUUUCUCUCCUCUCUCCCUCUCUUUCUCCUCUCUUUUCUCCCUCUCUCUCCUUCUCCCUCUCUUUCUCCCUCUCUUUCUCCCUCUCUUUCUCCUCUCUUUCUCCCUCUCUUUUCUCCCUCUCUUUCUCCCUCUCUUUCUCCCCUCUCUUUCUCCCUCUCCCCUCUCUUUUUCUCCUCUCUCUUUUCUCCUCUCUUUCUCUCCCUCUCUUUCUCCUUUCUCUCUCUUUCUCCCUCUCUCUUUCUCUUUCCUCUCUUUUUCUCCCUCUCUUUUCUCUUUCUCCUUUCUCCCUCUUUUUCUCCCCUCUCUUUCUCCCUCUCUUUCUCCCUUUCUUUCUCCUCUCUUUUCUCCUCUUUUCUCCUCUCUUUUCCUCUCUUUCUCCCUCUCUUUCUCCCUCUCUCUCCUCUCCCUCUCUUUUCUCCCUCUCUUUCUCCCCCUCUCUUUCUUUCUCCCUCUCUUUCUCCCCUCUUCUUCUCCUCUCUCUUUCUCCUCUCUUUCCCUCUCUCUCCCUCUCUUUCUCCCUCUCUCUUUUCUCCCUCUCUUUCUCCCUCUCUUUCUCCCCUCUCUUUUCUCCCUCUCUUUCUCCCUCUCUUUUCUCUCUCUUUCUCCCUCUUUCUCCCUCUUUCUCCCUCUUUUCUCCCUCUCUUUCUCCUCUCUUUCUCCUCCUUUCUCUCUUUUUCUCCCUCUCUUUCUCCCUCUCUUUUUUCCCUCUCUUUCUCCCUCUCUCUCUCUUUUCUCCCUCUCUUUCUCUCCCUCUCUUUCUCCCUCUCUUUCUCCCUUUCUCUUUCUCCCUCUCUUUCUCCCUCUCUUUCUCCUCUCUUUCUCCCUCUCUUUCUCCCUCUUUUCCCUCUCUUUCUCCUCUCCUCUCUUUUCUCCCUCUCUUUCUCCCUUCUCUUUCUCCCUCUUUCUCCCUCUUUCUCUUUCUUUCUCCCUCUCUUUCCCUCUUUUCUCCCUCUCUUUCUCCCUCUCUUUCUCCCUCUCUUUCUCCCUCUCUUUCUCCCUCUCUUUCUCCUCUCUUUCUCCCUCUUUUUCUCCCUCUUUCUCCCUCUCUUUCUCCCUCUCUCUUUCUCCCUCUCUUUCUCCUCUCCUCUCUUUCUCCCUCCUCUCUUUUCUCCCUCUCUUUCUCCCUCUCUUUUCUCCCCUCUCUUUCUCCCUCUCUUUCUCCUCUUUUCUCCUCUCUUUCUCCCUCUCCCUUUUUCUCCCUCUCUUUUCUCCCUCUCUUUCUCCCUCUCUUUCCCUCUUUCUCCCUCUCUUUCCCCUCUCUUUCUCCCUCUCUUUCUCCCUCUCUUUCUCCCUCUCUUUCUCCCUCUCUUUCUCCCUCUCUUUCUCCCUCUCUUUCUCCCUCUCUUUCUCCCUCUCUUUCUCCCUCUCUUUCUCCCUCUCUUUCUCCCUCUCUUUCUCCCUCUCUUUCUCCCUCUCUUUCUCCCUCUCUUUCUCCCUCUCUUUCUCCCUCUCAAACAACAAAAAAAAACAGGCACUUUCAUGA